CCGGCGCCGACCCAGGCGUGCAAACUGAGCGCCGAGCUCUGAUGGAGAUGGCUACUUCCACUGCGUGAGCGGGUCGCAGAGACUGGAGGAUCGCUCCGGAGGACGGAGCAGGGCUCCUGUUCCAGAGAGGAGGCCUCCCCAGCAGUCAUGGUGCCAUGUGCUGCUCAGUUCAGCUAGUGCCGCCGAAACCCUGGCCCCUCAUGGAAGAUUCUAGCUAACUCCUGGCAUGAGCCCCCGUGCCCUGCGGGGCCAGAAGGGGACACUGCCAUGGCUUCUCUGGACGACCCAGGGGAGGUGCGCGAGGGCUUCCUCUGCCCUUUGUGUCUGAAGGAUCUGCAGUCUUUUUACCAGCUCCAGUCACAUUACGAGGAGGAGCACUCGGGUGAAGACCGGGACGUCAGGGGCCAGAUCAGAAGUCUUGUCCAAAAGGCCAAGAAAGCAAAGAACAGGCUGCUGAAACGAGAAGGGGAGGACCGCGUGGAGUCGGGCCCAGGGUACGAGUCUUUCAGCUAUGGAGGCGUUGACCCUUCCAUGUGGGAACCCCAGGAGCUUGGUGCUGUGAGAAGCCACCUCUCUGACUUCAAGAAACACCGCGCUGCCAGGAUUGACCACUACGUUGUUGAAGUCAAUAAAUUAAUCAUCAGGUUAGAGAAGCUCACUGCAUUUGACAGGACAAACGUCGAGUCUGCCAAGAUCCGAGCGAUCGAAAAAUCGGUGGUGCCCUGGGUCAGUGACCAGGACGUCCCUUUCUGUCCCGACUGCGGGAGUAAGUUCAGCAUCCGCAACCGCCGCCACCACUGCCGCCUGUGUGGGUCCAUCAUGUGCGGGAAGUGCGUGGAGUUCCUCAGCCUGCCCUUGGCAAACAAGCUCACGAGCGCCAGCAAGAACCCCCUGAGUGCCCACAGCAGCCCCAGCCACUCGCCCGGCAGCGUCCAGGGCUCCCGGCGCAGCAGCAUCAGCAGCGUGAGCAGCAUCAGCUCCGGGCUGGAUGAAAAGGACGACGCCCACAUCCGGUGCUGCGCCCACUGCAGGGACACACUGCUCAAGAGAGAGCAGCAGCUGGACGAGCGGGAGCACACCCCCGACAUCGUGAAGCUCUACGAGAAACUACGACUAUGCAUGGAGAAAGUUGACCAAAAGGCCCCAGAAUACAUCAGGAUGGCAGCCUCGCUAAACGCGGGGGAGACGACCUACAGCCUGGAGCACGCCAAUGACCUUCGUGUGGAGGUGCAGAAGGAUUAUGAGCUGAUAGAUGCGCUCAGUAAGAAGAUCCUGACUUUGGGCUUGAACCAGGAGCCUCCACCACACCCCAGCUCUCUGCGGCUGCAGAAGAUGGUCAGAUACUCAGCCACACUCUUUGUGCAGGAAAAGCUGCUUGGCUUGAUGUCCCUGCCGACCAAGGAGCAGUUUGAGGAGUUGAAGAAGAGGCAAGAGCAGGAGAUGGAGAGGAAGAGAGUCCAGGAGAGACAGGCGGCCCUGGAGGCGCAGCAGCGCAGGGACCCGGCUUCCCGAGGAGCAGCUGAGGGAGUGGCGCCUCCCCCGCCCCCGCAGAAGGCUGAGGGCUGGCUCCCACUGACCGAGGGCCGGGCUCCCGACGAGGACUCGGACCCCCUCCUGCAGCAGAUUCACAACAUCACAUCCUUCCUCAGGCAGGCCAGGGCGGCAGGCCGCAUGGAGGAGGCGAGCACGCUGCGCGAGAACCUGCAGCAGCUGCAGGCCGAGUGGGAGCAGCAGCAGGUGGCGGCCGCCCUGGCGCUGUCCCUCAGGCAGGCGGAGGCCGAGGCGCUGCAGCGCCAGCAGCUGCAGGUGCUGUGCCAGCAGACCUGGGCGCGGGAGCGGGCGCAGCUCCAGGCCACUUCCCUGCACCCCCAGGCGUGCUCGCCGGACUCCCGGAGGGCCCGGCCCUUCCGGCUGGAGCCUGGCCCAGAGCCCUGCAUCCGCCCCGCAUCGGCCCCCUGCGCCCCUUCACCGGAUGCCAUGCCCGAGCCCCCGCGGCCGUGGGAGCCCUGCCCCCCAAGUUCCAUGCUGUGGCUAGAUGGGGUGCCCUCCCUGAACCCCUUCGAGGAGGAGGGGCCCCUGAGCCUCGUGGCCGAUGGCAGGGCCAGCCCUCUGGCCCACGGCCCUAAAGAAUACAACCCUUUCGAAGGGGAGGAUGAGGACAUGGGCCCCGGGAACCCCUUCGCCAGCCCGGACAGCCCGGCACCAAACCCCUUCGACGAGAAUGACGAAGGCAAUGAGUGCCCUGUCCUGGCACCCCCGCUCCCCCCGGUUCCCAGCAACCCUUUUGAGGAUGGCGACAGCGGCCCUGAGGCUGAGGCGCCCAUUGCUGAGGAGCUGCUGCUGCAGCAGCUUGACAACGUUAGGGCCUACAUCUUUGAUGCCAAGCAGCACGGCCGCCUGGACGAAGUGGACGUGCUGACCGAAAACCUCAGGGAGCUGAGACGCACCCUGGCCAGGCAGAAGGGGGGCACUGGCUGAGGGGGUGCAGGGCCCGGGGGCUGAUGGGAGGGGGUUGGGGCGGCGGGUGCCGGGUGGAGGGAUGCUCCUGCUGAGCUGGGAGGACUCCUGGCGCCUGGAUGUUGGGGGCCAGACCAGGAGCUGGGCACCUGGUGGGGGGGGGGCUGGUUUCCUGGGCUUUUAAUGUUUUUAAUAGAACUUUCCCUUUAGAAAGGGGGGGUCGAGAUCGUGACCCCCAUAUGUGACUGUAGUCACCUGGGGCCAGGGUGGACAUGGCUUCCCCACCUCACGGCCCUUUGCCAGCUGCUGGCCGCCAUGCAGUGUCGACGGAUGCCUGGUGCAGACCCAUUCUCCAGCUGAGAUGGAUGCGUGCCGGCAGGCCUCACUCGGAUUCCCUUUCUGGGGCGUCUGCUGCAUGACCAGGCGUGUCCUUUCCGUUAAUGGGGGGUCCUCCUUGUGUGACAGGGGACCCUUCUUAUUUGGUGGGGGGAUCCUCCCUAUGUGAUAGGGGCUCCUUUCUAUCUAAUGGUGAGGGUCCUCAUGUUUGGGAGGUCUUCCCUGUGUUGGGGGGCGGCCUUCGUGUGUGAUGAGUGGUGUCCUUCCGGUGUGAUGGGGGCAAGUGGUUGGACCCCUGAGAGCCCUCCGCCCCCUAUUUAAAGAGUGGGCCAUGGGGAAUGGUGUGUCACCAGGAUCAGUUUCCCUCCCAGUCAGAAGAGAGAUAUGUAUUUGUCUCUCUCACAAAGUUAAAUGCCUGGAUCCGGGCAGAGCUGUGGGUCUGGUCAGAAACCCCUGAGGCUUUCAAGUGGGAGACGCUACACAUUCCUCUGUGGAGAUGGAAUGAUGGUGGGCACCUGCCCUUGGAGGCACCUCUCUCCAGAGCUCUGUCAGAGGCUCUGACCCGGACCCCUUCAAGGCACUGGCCGAACCUUUGGACUUGGAACUUUGAACCUUUUGGACUUGGGGAUGCUUAUGGAGCCCCGGAAGCCAUACCCAAAGUAGAUGAAGGGCUUGCUGGUUGCCCAUCCCUUUCCCUCAGUCCAUCCGUCCUGUCCAGCAAGCAGCGGGGAGGUGUAUUCUUGUCGAGGUUUUGUAUCAGACAAGUAUUUGAAAAGCCACACAGCACCACAUGACGUCUUCGCCUGCUAAGGGUGGAAGGGAGUCUACUCAGCAGGCUCCAGGGUUUACAGGCCUCAGCUGAGGCCACACUCACUGGUCAGUAGCAGGACCAGUCACUAGUCACUUUCUGCCCCUCACUGGCUUGGGCGGCUCUCGCUGGCCACCCCAACUGAGGUUCACUCUGUCCCACAUUGGGAGGCCCUUGUCUCGGGCCUGUCUGAGGACACGGUGUGAAAGACUGUGUUGACACUAUUUCUGUUUCCUAAGCACCUACUGGGCCUUAAGGCUGACAGGGCCCUGGGAUGGAGGUGGAGUAGGGAGUUGGCAGAGACGCUGCAUUGGGUCCUGUCACAAUGUGAGUGGACUCCUGUCAGCCAGCUACCAGCUGAGCUUGUCCCGGGGCUUAAUCUAGAGCACCGCCAAAACCCCCAUCAGUCAUUUCUCUCCAACUAGGGAGGAAGCUCUCUCCAUCCAAAUGUGUCGAUUCAGAAGCUAAAUCCUGCUUGCUGUUAACCAUCUGUCUACUCUUGGUAGAUGGUGGUUUAAAUAAAGGACAGACAGACCUUUCAUUAA